AGAAAUUAUUUGCAUUAGUACAACACAACUACUGUUGUCUUCAUUACUAUUGUACAUUUGAUCUCAAACGGGGUCGUUUGAAGUCUUUUCAUCCAUCCAACGACUUGAACCUUCGGACAAGUUUCUUCCGGUGAUCUAAACCUCGUCUACGGACAAUGUCGUGGUUUGCUCGAUCGAUCGCGAACUCGCUCAGACCCGACGAUGAUGAUGACGAUCACAGUGAAAGUAACGAAAAUGUAGAGAGAGAAGUCGUCGAACAACACAAUCACAUCGAUUCAUCGUCACAACCACCACCGUCUACACAGGGACGAGGCGUCAAAGAAGACCUAUCGGAGCUUUCCAAAACCCUAACUCUUCAAUUAUGGGGCGUCGCUUCAUUUCUCGCUCCGCCACCUGCCGAUGAUUCUUCUCCGACGCCAAAGCCCUCCGAUUCGAGUCCUCGUGAGGGCUCCGAUUCGGAAGUCUCCGACUCGGCGGGAAUCUCCGGGAUACGCAGCGACUUCGCCGAGAUCGGAGGGAAGUUCAGGAGUGGCAUUUCUAAGCUGUCGAACAACAUAGCGGUUUCGGAGAUUACGAAGAUUGCCUCGAAUCUCCUACAAUUGGGAUCGGACGAGGAGGAGGAUUAUGAUUCAGGGGGAGGUGGUGCUGUUGGUGUCACCGAAGAAGUGGUAGGCUUCGUGAUGGAUAUCACAAUGCAUCCUGAGACGUGGUUGAAUUUUCCAUUGCCUGAUGAUGAAGAUGCCGAUAAUUUUGACAUGUCUGAUGCGCAACAAGAGCAUGCUUUGGCCGUUGAACAUCGUGCGCCAAGAUUAGCUGCUCUUAGGAUUGAACUUUGUCCAGGCUAUAUAAGUGAGGGUUGCUUUUGGAAGAUUUAUUUUGUACUUCUGCAUCCUAGACUCAACAAGAAUGUUGCUGAACUUUUGUCAACACCCCAGAUAGUGAAAGCCAGAGCCCUGUUGACACAGGAUUUGCAGAAUCAAACUAAGGCAAAGCCAGAGCAAGACAUGUCUGGAAUGGGUACUUCUUAUUCAAAAGAUGCCAGUAACUCACCACAUGAAGAGUCUCUUUCUGUAACAUCCAGUGUUCAAUCUGAAUACAUGCCCCUUGACACAUCUGCCAUCCAAACAGCCACUUCCCAAGUGGCAGAGGAUUGUGAGACAGAGAAGAACCCAGUCCUAAGUAAUGAAAUUCCAAUUAUUGACAAGUCAGUUGUUGAGGAGGGGCCAGUGAGUUGGACUGAUGAUCAAGUAUUGCAUUCUAGUUCCUCCCCAAGGGUUUUUGAAAAGAAAAAUGAAGAUGAUACAGAUGAUUGGUUGAAGGAAGAAAAUUCCGAGAUAGUUGGCAAUGGUGGAACUACCAUUACUAUUGAGAAUGAAGAGGAUGUAUCAUUCAGUGAUCUUGAGGAUGAUGAUGGAGGAGACAUCUCUACAAGUUAUAAGAAAGCAACUUAUGGCUUUGAUGCAUCAACAAAAGAUUCACGAGAUUGGGUCCAGUUGAGCACAAGCUCUGUCGACUCAUCUAAGGAUAUCAAUGUGAUUAGUAUUGAACGUGAAGGAUCCGAGCAGGUAUGUGCCCAUAACCAUAAAUCUGAGACAAAGGAGUCUAUUGACUGGCUUAAUGUUGAUGACAUUGAUGUGGUAUGAUUUCAAUGUUAAGGCCAUCUAAGUUAUGAUGAUUAUGUAUUGCUUCUCAAAAUCCAUGUUGUGAAUAGAUUGUUUUCAUUUCUUCGAUCUGCAUCCAGACUUUGAAGAUUAUAUGUUAAUUGUUUAUAUAUAGAGCCCAAUAUAAACUGGAUGCCUAUUUGCAUUUGAAAAAUGAGAUUAAAUGUGUAAUGCGAUGUCAUAUAAAUUUGGAAUCUGGUACUGUACAAUAAUCCAUGUCAUAUUCCUUUGACCAUAAUGAAAUUACAUUGCAGUUCUGAUAGCAAUGAUGGUAGGAAUGCCAUGCUUUGAUCUACUGUGUAGACAGGUUUUAUAUUUCCAUGGAAGAGACUGAUUUUCUUGGGAUUUUAUUUUUUUUGGGAAGGAUAAAGUUGGAAAAAAAAAAGAAUGAAUAAAAAAACAGGAAAGUUCUCAUCUAAACAUCAAAGCAAUUCCUAGCUAUAACAAGUGUUUAAAAAUAUUAAUUUCCAAAUUAAUAUUGGAGAUGUAAAUUUUUACAAGGCUAGACAGUGUGGUGCAUGUAUUAUCCUAGUCAUUUAAGUAUACGUGUGCACAAAAUUUGAGUUUUUAGCUUUAUCUAAAGAAACUUAAUCUUUAGAUAAACCGUAUAUUGAUUCUCAACGUCUCAACCCCUUAUCGAUUUGGUUUAACUCUGUUCCUUGUUUUUACUGUGCAAUAUAAUUCCAUUGACCUUGAGUAUCUGAUCAGUGCACGUAUAUAACUUUCAGUACCUGCAGCGCAUGAUUCAAGUUUUCUGCAUUAUAAGAAGAAGGUUAUCAGUUACUAGAAUAAACCUAUAUGUUUCGAUGUGGUUAUUAAUAUUAAUAUGGAUUAAUGUGGUCAUUCGGGUAAAUUGGAACGGGCAAAUUCUGAGCAUUUCCUGUCAAAAAUAGAUUGCAACGAUAAAUCAACAUUGGUGAAAUUAGGAACCAUGAAACGGAGUUUUAGGCUUCAACUCAAAACUUUGCAGCCUUUUAAUUGUCUCUGUUAUUCUUUGUACUAAACUGUACAGAAUCUUUUACCAAUACCUUGAUGACAAUUCCAGGUACUAGCCUUAAAAAUAGGUGCUUAACUUAUAUAAAGCUCCACCGUGCAAUUGACCUGCCUUAAGAAAAUAUCCCAAUUUCUUUGUUGCUGUGAGAAUAUGGAGAAAUAGGCGAUGGAAAGCAAAAAUGACCAAGAAUAGGAAAUACACUUUUACAAGUGUCAUUUGUUUUACUACAAACAUGACAGGAAAUUGAUAGAGGUCAGCAGAGAUGCUGGUACAAGCCUAGGGCUUUCAAUUAUUGUUGUUUCAAUUGUUUUUUGUUUUUGUGAGGCUUGGUCUUUAGAGUGUCAUCCCGGCAAGUUUAGUAUGAUGAGAUUAUAUGGUAAAAACAAGAAGAUAAUCACUCUUUUUUUAAAAUCACCUUCUAUAAUCAUUUCUUGUCCACAUAAAUCAUAAAGGAUUGAUAGGAAUAGUAGUCAUUUUCCUUUUUGUUUUGAAAGCAUUUAAGGAAAGGAAAACCAGUAUCUCUUACAUAUGCAGCGGAGAGAAAUUGAAAGAAAGAACUUCAAAGCAUUUUUGAUGCCUCACAACGGGCCUUAUGAAAUUUGUCUGCUGUCAAAAUUUCAGGGCAAAAUUGGAUGAUGUUUUCAGACGCUGGCACUCAUUUUAUACAUUAAUUUAUUUAUUUUAUUAUAUUAAUUUUUUCUUUUUUGUGUUGCGAGUUUUUCCCUUGCGUUCUCAUGUGUCACAUCCUAUUUUGCAUAGUGUGCUGCUUUAUUAUUUUGAAAUAAAAUUUAACGUAAUGCUUGUUUUCAUGUGACCAAAUGAAUGCAUACUCUGUCAGCAUGUGGUGCUACUCAAAUUGAUUUUUUCCAUCAUGACCUGUGCAUAAGAACAAGUCAGUGGUUCAUAAUGAACAACUUGUUUGCGUAGAAAGAACCACUUCCCCGUACUCUUAAGCAACUGAUUAGUAGCCAUGUCAAUGCUCUAGUUCUCAUUUGUUGAUGUUUCUAGUAGUUAAAUUUUAUGGCUGCAGAAAAUUUUCCUUCUUGUUAGAAUCUCUUUAGGUCUUAUUUUGAAUUUGUUUUUGAGGCCAAAAUGGUGGAUUAUGGUUUAUGGAUGGUGGUGGAGCCAAGUAGUAGUGGUCUAGUGGAUUGUUGAUGCAAAACGGUGGUGGAUGCAGUCAGGUAAGUACUGUGAGUUGGGUGACCGGUGCUUGAUGGUGGUUCCAGGUGACGAGACUGAGUUUCGAUGAGAGAGCUUUAAUAUGUGUUGUUAUGAAAAAUUCUUUUUGGGGGGAGAGAGACGGAGAGAUGCAAAAAGCGGUGUUCGUGGUUGAGGAUGCUGGAGGUGGUGUGAGUUUGGUAUAAUUGCUCCACAAAUGAUCAGUUGUUCCUUUUUUACUUUGUAGGUAAACUAAUCUUUCCUUUUUUUCUUACUGGUGCAUGUCUACAUUGUAUAAUUUGUAUGUGUCUUUUUACCACCUAAUUUUGUAUUUCUUUUAUUUUAUCAUCAAUUGGCACUACCCUAGCAAUCCCAUCACUUCUAAUCAUUCCUACCAUCUAUCUCGAUAUUCAUAUUUUAGUUUCAGCUACAUCAACGUGUUGUUUUUAUUUUAUUUUGUGUUCUCACUUUAUACGAUAAAAUAACCAACUAAUGUUUAAUCUUAA